AUGAAUUGUUCCUUGUUUAAUAAAUCUAGAAUUCUAUUAAGACCGAUAAAUAUAAUUUUAGCAAGAAAUACGAAUACAUUAUUUACUCUAUCUAAAAAUAAAGUUCCAAUAAAUACAAUUAUUCCUAGCACAUCUUUAUUAUUAAAUGAUAAUAAUCAAUUUAUUAAUCAAAUAAAUCAAUUACGAUAUAAAUCGAAAGAUCGUGGUAAAUCGAAAAAAGGUAAAACAAAAGUUGAAGUGAAUUUAAGUGAAUUAGCGGAAGUUAUCGAUGUUACACAUUAUGAAGAUCAAAUGCAAAAAUGUAUUCAUCACUUGAAAGAAGAGUAUGUUAAAAAUUUAUCUUUAAGAUCUACAACAGGUGCCAUCGAUUCAUUAAAUGUUAAUUUGGAUGGAAAAGAUCAUACAUUACAAGAAUUGGCUCAAAUUGUACGGACCAAUCCAAAAACAGUUAUUUUAAAAAUGGCUAUAUUUCCACAAGCUAUACCUGCAGUAAUACAAGCUCUACAAAAGUCUGGAAUGAAUUUAAAUCCACAACAAGAUGGAACAUCUAUUUAUAUCCCAGUACCCAAAAUCACAAAAGAACAUCGAGAAAAUUUAGCCAAAAAUGCAAAAACAUUGUUUGUAAAAUGUCGAGAUGCGAUCAAAGAUGUCCAAAACAAAAAUUUACGGAACAUAAAAAAACAGGAGAAUAUUUCAAAGGAUCUUCAACAUUCAGUUGCAGCACAAAUUGGUGUUAUUGCUGAUAAAUAUGUUGCUGAAGCUGAACAAGUUUAUACGAUUAAACAUGCAGAACUCUUAGGAAAUAAAAAUUAAGUCUUGUAUGUUUGUUUUUGUUUUAUUUUGAUCUUCAAAUGAUCUUGAAAAUUUAUAUAUUUAUAUUUAUAUCCUAUGAUCCCGAGGGGGGCGUAGGGCCUCAACAAAUGCUCGCCAACGAACUCGAUUCUGUGCCAUAGACUUGACUUCUCACCAGGAUUUACCUUCUUCAGUAUUUUCUUGCUCCAGGGUUCUUCGCCAGGUAUGACGAGGUCGACCCACCCUUCUUUUUCCUUGGGGGUUCUACUCAAGUGCUUCUUUGGCAAUGCUGAUUACUGAUUACUAAAAAUUGUGGAAAAUUGUUGAUUUUUCCGAUAAAAAAAAAUAAAAAUCUGAUUUGUUGAAUAUGAAGCUUUUAUUGU